AGUUCAGGUCUGUUUCCCUCUCUGUCUUGCAGUCAUGAUAUUCCAGCUAAAACGAGUGGUACUACUCUUCAUUCAGCUGUUAGUGAUGUGGCAUGUCUUUGCAGAAAUUGCUAAAGACGACCACAGAGCUUUGCUAGUGUCCACAGGAGAUUCGGUGAUGCUGACUUGCAACAUAUCUGAAAGAAAUGCAACACUUAUCUCCUGGACCAACAAAAGAUGUGUUUUUCACUAUUCCAUUGAGCUGAAUCGCAACUUUUCAAAUUUCUCAUUUUAUAGACUGAAAAUAAACCAUGGGUUCCCUACAGAGCUAAUUAUCUUUAGUGCUCAACCUGAAGAUAAAGGACUUUAUACGUGUAAGAUAACAGACAGACAUGGCGUAAACAGCAUUACAUGGAAUUUAACUGUGUCUGAGAACCCCAAAGAGAUUCUUAAAGACGACCACAGAGCUUUGCUGGCGUUCAGAGGAGACUCAGUGAUGCUGACUUGCAAUAUAUCUGAGAAAAAUGCAACACUAAUCACCUGGACCAGCAAAAGAUCUGUUUUUCACUAUUCCAUUGUGCUGAAUCGCACACAUUCAAAUUUCUCAUUUCACAGACAAAAAUUAAAUCACGAGUUCCCCACAAAGCUCAUUAUUUUUAGUGCUCAACCUGAAGAUGAAGGACUUUAUACGUGUAAGAUAACAGACAGAAGUGGCAUAUGCAGCAUUACAUGGAACUUAACUGUGUCUGAGAACCUAAAAGAAUCCACUUCAUCAAAGUAUCUUCUACACAUACUCCCACCGGCAGUUGGAUUAUUUUUAUGUGGCAUCACACUAGCUGUCUUCCUCUGCAGAUUCUGCUCCAGGACCCCGAACCACGACCUUCAUGAGAUCGAGAUCUUGAGUUUUGUACAGUAUCAUGUUCAGCUGGAAGGAAAGGUGGUCCCUCCACAACCUCAAAGUUUUGCAGUGUACAGGACAGGAAUCACUUUGAGAGACUCAGUUCAAUCAGUGGCUUUUAGUGUGCUGACAAGAAGAAAGUCCAGAUAAAAGCUGAAAAGGAAACAAGGUAUAGAGUGGAAGGAGAGCUCAGGAGAAAGGUCACAUUGAGUUUGAAAACAUUACACAUUUCUUUGAAACCUCAUAUAGACUUCUUUUUCCCAUUUUUGUGUGUAUAAUUUUAUGUAAAAACAUUUGAUUUUCAUUGUUAAUUUUGACUGUUUUGUUACAUUUUGCUAGUUUCUUCUGUUUCAAAAUUAUUAUUUUUGUCAUAAAGGUAUUAAGUUAGGCUUUGGCUCUUGAUUAUUAAUUAUUAUUAUUACCUGAUUAUUUUCAUAAAGCUGAAAAUGGAUAUAUAUACAUAUAUAUACACAAUCUCCAAGUAGUAUAAGUAAGUAUAUAACAAGCACAAAACUAAAGUCAUUCAGUCAUUAAUUAUGACUGUUGUGUAAAGAUCUCCAGGUAACUUGCUGGUGAUUUUCAAAGAGAUCUGGACUGACAUUUGUGCUGCUACAACUAACACUUUCUGUAUCUGCAAAUAAUAUCUGAACAUUUGAUAUUUUUGGUUAUUUAUCUGACACUGUUGUCUCAGAGCAAGAAGGUCAUGAGUUUGAAUCCACCACCUGGCCGUGAUCUUUCUAUGUGGAGUUUGAAUGUUGUCUCCAGAUACUCUGACUUCCUCCCACAGUUCAAAGGCUUGCUGUUAGUGAUAUUAGGUUAAUUGGUGAUUCUAAAUUGCACAUAGGUGUGAAUGUCUGUCUUCAGGUUCCAGCUCAAAAAACUGAAUUGGAUCUGUUAAGACACAAUAUGUCACUAAAUUGAUAUGUUGAUAAGCAUGAUUUAAAAGAUGGCCUUAAACUUUUGUGUGUCUGAAGUAAAACUGAGUUUUUAUUUUCAAAAUAAGCUAUCUUUUUCUUUUUAUACAAAGAAGUGGCUUGUUGUUGUAACAUUUUUACCUGUGCUGGAUUAUGGAGAUAUUCUCUAUUUGAAUGUUUCUGCUCAAUGUCUUCGAAUGGUUGAUACUGUCUCUCAUGCUUCUCUAAGGUUCAUCACUAAUCGUAAGUUUCAGACUCACUAAUGUGAGUUAUAGGGCGAUCGUGGCUCAAGAGUUGAGAGUUCGCCUUGUAAUCGGAAGGUUGCCGGUUCGAGCCCCGGCUUGGACAGUCUCGGUCGUUGUG